AUGGGUAUGGUGCAGAACAGUUUAGUCGUUAACAGAGCAGAAGUAGUUGCCAUGCAUGAGGUGGAGUGGCUCAAAGUAUUAGACAAGCUAGUGAGAAGUUCCAUAAACAUGGAUUUUCCUGAGCGGGUAAUAGAUGACAAAAGAGAAAACUCUCAAGAAGAUAAAUUGUUUCUAUCCAAGGUAGACACAUCUAUGAAAUAUACCGAGGGACACUACACGAUUGGGCUGCCAUUCCGAAAUGAUGAUUCAAAGCUGCCAAAUAACAAGGAGUACGCUAAGCAGAGACUUAAGGGUAUUGGGAAAAGGAUGAGAAGAGAUUCUAAGUUAUCUAGUGAUUAUAAGGCAUUCAUGGCUACCAUGAUUGAGAAGAAAUAUGCUAUCCUUGUACCACAAAGAUUACUAGAUGGAAAUGAUGGCAGGGUGUGGUACAUACCACACCACGGUGUCUACCACCCGAAGAAGCCUAACAAAAUUAGAGUGGUCUUUAAUUGCUCAGCAAAGUGGCAAGGCGUGUCUCUGAAUGAAUUGCUGUUACAUGGCCCAGAUCUAACAAAUAAUCUACUGGGAAUACUCUUACGGUUCAGACAAGAACCCGUGGCACUAAUGGUGAACACUCAGCCAGAUGUAUACCAGAUGGCAAUCCACUUAUUUGGUGCAGUGUCUUCUCCAAGUUGUGCAAAUGCUGCACUGCACAAAAAUGCUAUAGAUAACCAAGUUUUGUUCGAUCCUGAAAUUGCGGAAACAGUUCUGUGGACGACUGUUUAA